GACGCUGAGAAGUUGAAAGUCCUUUUGAUUGGUCGGCUGAAGGAAACGUCAUGCAUACCACGUGAUCAACCAGGAAGCGUCUCGAGUGUCAACAAUAAAUGGAGGAUAUGUCUUCUUCAGACUGGCAGCUGUCUUUGAAGCUGGUGGAUCAGCCCAAAUCCAUCUUCCACUUCCCUGAGAUGAUGCCAGGGGACGUUUCACCUGGAGGAUACAGAGUCGCUACUUUAAAACAACUCGUUGCAGCACAGCUCUCAGACUCAGUCCCGGACCCAGAACUAAUAGAGCUGGUACAUUGCGGGAGAAAACUUAAGGAUGAGUUAACGUUGGAUGCCUGUGGGAUUCAACCAGGAUCCACCCUACACAUCCUCAAAAAGACUUGGCCCGAGCAAGAGAGCAGUCCAGAGCCUGUGAACAGAGCAAAUGCAGCAAGGGAGUUCAGGGUGUUUCAUGCUGCUCUUCACUCUCUUAAUUCUUCCUACAGAGACUCAAUUUAUAAAAUGCUGACAAAUAAAGAGUCCUUGGACCAGAUCAUUGUGGCUACACCAGGGCUCAGGUCAGAUCCUGUCGCCUUAGGAGUGCUCCAAGACAAAGAUCUCUUCGUGCAGUUCACAGACCCCAACAUGUUGGACGUGUUGAUCAGUUCACACCCAGCCCUCGUCAAUGCCAUCAUCCUGGUCCUUCACUCUGUCGCAGGCAGUAUGCCGGCUCAGUCCAGUGCUGGCUCAUCUCGAAACGUUUCUGCCAGUUCUUACAGUGAUAUGCCAGGAGGCUUCAUGUUUGAGGGCAUGUCUGACGAUGAGGAAGAUUUCCAGACUGGGAGCCCAGCAGGUCCCUCCAGCAGAGCAGGAGCCUCAGCAGGAAUGCGUCCAGUGUCUCUGGGCCACAGCGGAGCGACAGGCCCUCGACCAAUCACACAGAGCGAGCUGGCAACUGCUUUGGCCCUCGCCAGCACACCUGACAGCAGCGCAGUCACUCCUACGACUUCAAGCCAGGCGGACCCCUCUAGUAGUGUAGCCCCUAUGCCAGCAGGGACCCCAGUCAGUAAUGAUCUCUUCAGCCAGGCUCUACAGCAAGCUCUGCAAGCCUCCAACAUGUCUGCUCUACAGGGCCGCUGGCAGUCCCAGAUGCAGCAGCUGAGGGACAUGGGGAUUCAGGAUGAGGAGUUGAUGCUGAGGGCGCUGCAGGCCACAGACGGUGACAUCCAGGCUGCCCUGGAGCUCAUAUUUGCUGGAGGCCCAGGACUCUGAGCUCAUACCUCCAUGGACAAAGGCUUUGAUGGGGGAGAAAUAGAACGUAGCUUACCAGCCUUUGCUUUGGAUAUACAGUAUACUGGUUCAUUUUAUUUGUACCCCAUUUACCCAUGUUCAUACAACCCCAUUUCAGCAGAGCUCCUGAAUGUCCAUGCCAGUGUCUGCCUGUCAGUAAAUACAAUUUUUAAUAAAUUUAUCUCAUCAAUUA